AUGAUGUAUUCACCCCGGGGCACUCCUGUUGCAGCGCUGCGAGCAGCCUGUCUCACCAGCCAGACCAGAUGGGCGCAGCUUCGGGGAUUCCGCAAGACCACGAAGCGGGCCCAGGAAGUCUUCCAUUCUCAACUCGAAGAUCCGAACGCCUCUGCCGUCCUCUCCUCCAUCAAGACAUCCUCCAAAGUUCCCCAGACACUUACAGAAAAGAUCGUUCAGCAAUAUGCUGUUGGCCUACCGAAAGAUAAGUACGUCAAAUCCGGCGACUACGUUACGAUAGCGCCUCUCCAUUGCAUGACUCACGACAAUUCGUGGCCGGUGGCGCUCAAGUUCAUGUCAAUUGGUGCUUCCAAGUUGAAAGACCCCAAGCAGAUCGUCAUGACUCUAGAUCAUGACGUUCAGAACACUUCAGAAAAGAACUUGACCAAGUAUCGCCAAAUCGAAGAGUUUGCAAAGAAACAGGGUGUGGACUUUUAUCCCGCUGGCCGGGGUAUCGGACACCAGAUCAUGGUCGAGGAAGGUUACGCCUGGCCUGGAACGAUGGUGGUUGCCAGCGACAGCCACACCAAUAUGUAUGGGGGAGUGGGUUGUCUCGGGACGCCUGUCGUUCGUACAGACGCCGCUAGCAUCUGGGCGACCGGCCGUACGUGGUGGCAGAUCCCUCCAGUGGCGAAAGUCACGUUUACAGGAACGUUGCCAAAGGGUGUCACAGGCAAAGACAUUAUCGUGGCACUAUGUGGACUGUUCGACAAGGACGAUGUUCUGAAUCAUGCCCUUGAGUUUGCCGGCUCGGAAGAAACUCUUAAAAGUCUCCCUAUUGAUGCUCGACUGACAAUCGCAAACAUGACCACCGAAUGGGGAGCUCUGACAGGAUUGUUCCCCAUAGAUUCGGUUCUCCAAGGCUGGUUGAGGGCGAAAGCUACCAUGUCUGCUUUGGAUACCUCCGAAGGCCGUGCUGGAAAUCCGCGCUUCUUGCACUCGAGACUCGACCAGCUGUUUGAGAAUCAGCUUACGGCUGACAAGGGUGCUCGUUACGCGAAAUCACUCUAUCUCGACCUAAAUACCCUAUCCCCCUACGUGUCUGGGCCCAAUUCAGUGAAGGUAGCCACACCACUCAACGUCUUGGAAGACCAGAACAUCAAGGUCGACAAAGCAUACCUCGUAUCUUGCACAAAUUCACGAGCUUCCGACCUGGCGGCGGCCGCCAAGGUUUUCAAAGACGCCGCGGAAAAGAAUGGGGGCAAGGUACCCAAGGUUGCGGAAGGGGUGGAGUUCUAUAUCGCGGCGGCGUCGCUCCCCGAACAGAAAAUCGCCGAGGAUGCUGGCGAUUGGCAGACUCUUCUUGAUGCUGGUGCAAUUUCACUCGACCCAGGCUGUGCGAUGUGUAUCGGUCUAGGACGCGGCCUUCUCGAGCCCGGCGAGGUCGGUAUCAGUGCCUCGAAUCGCAACUUCAAAGGCCGUAUGGGCAGCACCGAUGCCAAGGCAUACCUGGCCAGUCCCGAAGUUGUCGCAGCUAGCGCUUUGUCCGGCAAGCUGAGCGGUCCAGGUUGGUACGAACGACCAGAAAGCUGGACUGGCGUGGCCAGAGGCGAAGGUGAUGGGAUCAAAGAGGAGGAUCGAAUGAUCACAGCGGAUGAGGCCUUCCAAAAAAUCAUUGACCAGCUGGAUAACAUGAUCGAAGCUGGUGAACAGAAUUUCGGCAGCGAGCAAAGCACCGACGUCACGCCAGGUUCGACGGAGGUCUAUCCUGGGUUUCCUGAACGUGUCGAAGGAGAGAUUGUCUUUUGCGACGCUGACAAUAUCAAUACCGACGGCAUCUACCCGGGCAAAUACACGUACCAGGACAAUGUUCCCGUCGAGAAGAUGGCCGAGGUCUGCAUGGAAAACUAUGACCCUAAAUUCUCGUCUCUGGCAAAACCUGGUGACAUCCUGGUUUCGGGUUUCAACUUUGGCUGUGGCAGUUCUCGUGAGCAAGCUGCCACGGCGAUAUUGGCCAAGAAAAUCCCUCUGGUGGUCGCCGGGAGCUUUGGCAAUAUAUUUUCUCGAAACAGCAUCAACAACGCUCUGAUGGGCUUGGAGGUGCCGAGGUUGGUCUCCAGGCUGCGUGAAACAUUCUCAGAUCUCCCAGAGCCCCAAUCAGGCUCAGAGAUCACUGAGCCGACUGGCAACAAAGAGAAUCAACAGAGCCUAGAUACUCCUCCGCCGAAUCCCCCGACGCCUCGUGAGAAGCAAUUGAGUCGUCGGACCGGCUGGACUCUGGUUUGGGACGUGAAGAAAUCUCAAAUCGAAGUCACUGAAGGCCCAGGGGGGAAGAAGUGGACGGAGAAGGUCGGCGAACUACCUCCCAACGUCCAAGAAAUCAUUGCCAAAGGUGGCCUUGAGAAGUGGGUGCAGAACGAGAUUGCUGAAGUCUAG